CCCACGGCUCCGCUCCCCCCUCCUCAACCAAGCCCACGCGCUCGCUCGCUUUGCAAGCAAAACGCCCCAACUCUCCCGCACGCACACGCGCCCUUCCACCGACUCGUCAGCUUAGAGCACCGCAAGCGCGCAGCAGCAGCAAAGAUGUGUGGCGGCGCGAUCAUUUCCGACUUCAUCCCGCAGCGGGAAGCCCACCGCGCGGCCACCGGCAGCAAGCGUGCCCUCUGCGCCUCCGACUUCUGGCCGUCGGCGUCGCAGGAAGCCGCCGACUUCGACCACCUCACCGCCCCCUGCACCUUCACCCCCGACCAAGCGGCAGAGGAGCCGACCAAGAAGCGGGAGCGGAAGACGCUGUACCGUGGCAUCAGGCGGCGGCCGUGGGGGAAGUGGGCGGCGGAGAUCCGCGACCCGGCGAAGGGCGCGCGCGUCUGGCUCGGCACCUUCGCCACCGCCGAGGCGGCGGCCCGCGCCUACGACCGCGCCGCCCGCCGCAUCCGCGGGGCCAAGGCCAAGGUCAACUUCCCCAACGAGGACCCGCCACUCGACGACCCGGCCGCCGACGGCCACAGCCACGGCGGCGCCGCCAUCCCGUGCAGGGAGUUCAUGGACUACGACGCCGUCAUGGCGGGCUUCUUCCACCAGCCCUACGUCGUCGCCGACGGCGUGCCGGCCGUGCCGGCGGAGGAGGCGCCCACGGUGGCGUACGUGCACCACCACCUGCCGCCGCAGCCGCAGCAGGACGCGGGGCUGGAGCUCUGGAGCUUUGAUAACAUCCACACGGCCGUGCCGAUGUGAGAUCGAUCUGAUGAUCAUUCAGAUCGAUGCUAGCUCAUGUGUUUUUAAUUAUAUCUUCACAGCAGAAACAAAAAAAAGUUCAAUUCAGUUUAUUUUGUUGUUAUACGUUUUAAAAUGUUUCAUUAGGUUUUCAUGUUAUAGGAGUGAUUUAUCGGAUUGAACUCUCAAGUGACCGACUUCUGAGUUCUUCGUGUAAAGAUGAAUGCUCCAAGGAAUAAAAUGCAAUUUGUAUUUCACA